UCGUGCCAGUGUCUUUCCUCGUAGAUUAAAAAGAGAAACCGGCGCUGGAAAAAUGGAGAUCUAUCAGCCCCCUCGUUUAUGCUUCCCUGCUAUCAAAAGUAGCUCUGUUCCUCUCUGGCCACCCCUCCCCUCCAGCUCCCUUCCAGCUCCGCCCGCCCUCGAGGUGUUUGCUCUCAAGAGCGCGAAGGGUGAGGACCAACUCCUCCGAUUGCUUUGCGCAAAAUCCACCUCCCCCCUCCUCCUCCCCUCCAGCCUGCGGAGCCCGCACCGCCUGCCUUGCCCUCCUCAGCCCUGUGGUGCCGGGUUGGGAUGAGCCUCUGUGUACUACGAAGGUGGGAGGGGCCACCAGCAGAGGAUAAUGUCAGACGCUCCGCUGUCGCCUUUUGCCUGACGCUGCUUUUGGCUCCGCGAGGCUGGUCCCGGUAAGAAACCGCAAAGAGCUGCGGCCGCCGUGGCCAGAGCCAGUGGCUGAAGCGCCCAGAGUCCGAGUCCCAAGGCUCCCGACUAGCUGGCCUCCCGCUCCCCAGCGCCGUCAGCACCAUGGACAGCAGCGCCGUCCCAGCGAGCGCAAGCAAUUGCACUGAUCCCUUUGCGCACUCCUCCAGUUGCUCCCCAGCACCCAGCCCCGGGUCCUGGGUCAAUUUGUCCCACUUCGAUAGCAACCUGUCCGACCCGUGUGGACCGAACCGCACCGAACUGGGCGGACGCGACGGCCUGUGCCCCCCGACCGGCAGUCCCUCCAUGGUCACAGCCGUCACUAUCAUGGCCAUCUACUCCAUCGUGUGCGUGGUGGGUCUCUUCGGAAACUUCCUGGUCAUGUACGUGAUCAUCAGAUACACCAAAAUGAAGACUGCCACCAACAUCUAUAUUUUCAACCUUGCUCUGGCAGACGCCUUAGCAACCAGUACUCUGCCCUUCCAGAGUGUCAAUUACCUAAUGGGCACAUGGCCAUUUGGAACCAUCCUUUGCAAGAUUGUGAUCUCCAUAGAUUACUAUAAUAUGUUCACCAGCAUAUUCACCCUCUGCACCAUGAGUGUUGAUCGCUACAUUGCAGUAUGCCACCCCGUCAAGGCCCUGGAUUUCCGUACACCCCGAAAUGCCAAAAUUGUCAAUGUCUGCAACUGGAUCCUCUCUUCAGCCAUUGGUCUGCCUGUAAUGUUCAUGGCAACAACAAAGUACAGGCAUGGCUCCAUAGAUUGUACACUAACAUUUUCUCACCCAACCUGGUAUUGGGAAAACCUGCUGAAGAUCUGUGUCUUCAUUUUUGCCUUCAUCAUGCCCGUCCUCAUCAUCACAGUGUGUUACGGGCUGAUGAUCCUUCGCCUCAAGAGCGUCCGCAUGCUCUCAGGCUCCAAAGAAAAAGACAGGAACCUGCGAAGAAUCACCAGGAUGGUGCUGGUGGUUGUGGCUGUGUUUAUCGUCUGCUGGACUCCAAUUCACAUUUAUGUCAUCAUUAAAGCAUUGAUCAACAUCCCAGAAACUACUUUCCAGACAGUUUCGUGGCACUUCUGCAUUGCUCUUGGGUACACAAACAGCUGCCUCAACCCCGUCCUUUAUGCAUUUCUGGAUGAAAACUUCAAGCGAUGCUUCAGAGAGUUCUGUAUCCCAACAUCCUCCACCAUUGAGCAACAAAACUCCACUCGAGUUCGUCAGAACACUAGAGACCACCCCUCCACAGCCAAUACAGUGGAUAGGACUAAUCAUCAGCUAGAAAAUCUGGAAGCAGAAACUACUCCACUGCCCUGAGUGUCAUGCCAUUCUGACCAUCUCUGAGCUCAGAAGCCACUGUAUGUGUGGAAGCAGAGAGCGUGUAGGCAGGCCUGGUCUCCAAGGAAAGUGACUGCCUGUGAGUCGUCAAGAGUCUUUAGUCUCUGGCCAUUCCACUCUGCACAAAUCAAGCUCUGGAAGGAAAAUAAUACAUCAUACUAAUAGUCCAGCUUGUGUAUAUAAUCAUGAGAAAGAUGCCCAAUGAGACCAACACACACCAUGGUAUGUGAAUUGGGGUCAUCAGAGAAAGUGACCCUUCUAUAGGUAAUCUUGUUUCCAAGCAACUACUAAUGACCUCAUCAAAGAAAAACCAACUAAUGUUAAAUUCACCAUGGCAACACAUAAAGUAAAUGCUACCUCUGACCCAAGCACCCUGUGUGGAAAGUCCAAGUCUUUCUAGUCUUUUGUAAAAGGAAAUACAUGAUUCUAUUUUUGACCAAUAAUGUCCACCUUAAUAGCAUUUGGUUGAUAUACCAUUUUCACCAGAUUUCUUUGUUUUGUAUUGUUUAGAGAAACCACAUCUCCCUUACCCAACUUCUCAAUUGCAGGGGAAGAAAUUAACACAAAGAUAAUUCAAGACACAGUAAUGGAUAUGUCAGCUGCAGCAGGAUUGAUUCUAAGGCACCGCAAGUGCUUCCCAAGAGUUUAAAUGGGGCAUUUUUCAUGCUUAGGGUCUCCGUGAUUGGCUCCCCAGUUUCAUCUGUGAAAUUCCCUUUCUCCCUCACACCUGAGUGUUCACAUAAGAUAAUAGCCAAUGAGCUCACCACUUCACCAAUGCAGGAAGUCAAGCAUUCAAAUAUACUCUUCAUUCCGUAGUGGUUUCUCCACACUGCAUGCUCCACUUACACUUUAAUUUUUUAACAGCUCAGAAUACUCAGACCUUUUCAAUCACUAUGAUAAAAUGACAGAGGUUUUGUUGAAUGUAAAAGUUUAAACCUUUUAAAAUAUAUAUAUAUACCCAAUCAGCUUAAUCUCACGACAAAAAGACUCAAAUGAACUUAUAAAAAAAGUGUGAUCUAUUUUUUGAUUCUGUGUAGUUACUUGGACAUGAAAUACUAACAAUAGCCCAAAAAUAUUUCCCAGAUUAUGUUUUUAUAAU